UCAUUCUGAUUGUUAAAGUGACACCAUGAACGCCUAAAACUCUCUCUCUCUCUCUCUCUCUCUCUCUCUCUCUCUCUGAACUAGGAGAUAUUAUCCAUGGCAAUUCAGUCUGGUCUUAACACUGCUUUCUUUUGUUCUUCAUUUCCUUCCCACAAACCCAGUUUAUCUCCAUUCAGAACCAUCCUUCUUCCCAAACCCAAACAUAUCUCCAUAGAUUCCCCACUCAUUUUCUCAAGAACUCGAAGAGCAGUCCCGGAGGCACUCACGGCUGAACCAGCCACUGAAACAGAAACUCAGCAAGAACCUCAGGAAGCUAAGGUGACGGUGAAGCAAUUGGAGAAGCCGAGACUGGUGCUCAAGUUCGUAUGGAUGGAGAAGAACAUAGGACUAGCUCUUGAUCAUGUCAUACCCGGGCAUGGAACAGUACCUCUCAGUCCUUACUUCUUUUGGCCAAGAAAGGAUGCAUGGGAAGAGCUCAAGACCACUUUAGAGAGUAAGCCAUGGAUAUCCCAGAAGAAGAUGAUUAUACUUCUUAAUCAGGCUACUGAUAUCAUAAAUUUGUGGCAGCAAAGUGGUGGCAAUCUAAAUGCAUAAACUAAUAAUGCAGGUUACACUUUUGAAUUUUUUUUUUAUAUCAUUUUGUGUUGAUUUGCUUUUCCUGCUGAAAAAUCAGAUUUUGGUGUUUAUUUAUUAUUAUACAAUGUUACUGUCACUCCAACUGUCUUUAGAGGUCUCCAUUGCUAGUUUCUUCUCUUGGAGCAAGCUAGACCGCAGUAUUUUCUUGUAUUAUCAAUUAUGUUAGAGCUAAUUAACUGACUUAUAUGUUAUGGGACAUUUACGGCCUUGCACAAUACAUUUCUCUCCUAGUUAAAAGGAGAACAAU